AUGUCAUGUACUGCUAAUUUUCCAGAUCAUUUGCUUAAUUUGAUCAAAAAGUCGAAAUAUCUUCAUCUAGCUACCUCAUCAACAGAAUGUGUACCAUCAAUUUCUUUAAUGAAUUACAUAUAUGUCCCACAAGAUAAGUUAUUUCGACCUGCUGACAUAUAUGAUUAUAUUAUUUUUGCAACCCCUCAAAAUACAGAAAAAUAUCACAACAUGGAAGCAAACCCUGUGGUCGCUCUGUUAUUUCAUGAUUGGGUGACAGCUAACAACCUAUCCAUUAAAAAGAAAAGUCUCUCCCAAACUAACACACCAGAACCAGGGGCUAGUGGUAUUGUGGAGUCUGCACCUCCUAGCAAAUUGUUAAAUCUUCUACAAGAACUUAACCAAGCUGAACUAAAUGAGAUGAGUGCAACCAUCAUUGGCCAUGCAUAUAUCGUAUCUCAAGAUUCUGAAGAAGAAUCUCAUUACAAAAAGUUAUUGUUGAAGGUAAACCCUGAUGCAUCUGCAUUUAUAUUGGGUGAGGAAACUGUGGUAGUGAAAGUGAAAAUCGAAAGCUGCAAAGUAACUGAUACUUCAAAUAAUACCAAAAUAUACACUUGA